AGGAAGCAGGAUCUGAGACUGGCUGGAAUGGAUGGAAAAAUAGCAUCAAGUUUAAGAUGGGCAAUUAUAGGACCAAGAUGAGACGGGCUGGAUGUCAGGAGGUCACUGUUAAUGCUGGAAAAAGAAGUAGAAGUAAUCCUGAUAAUGAACCUUCACAUUCCAACAUUAAAAGACCCAAACGAGCAGAAGUCAACUUCCUACCAAACUUUCCCCAAGGAAAGGAUCCUUCAAGCCUUGACCAGUUGAGGCAAGCAAUUGUUGAAGAAGUCAAGAAGGCUGAGAAGAACCUGCCCCUCAUUAGAAAGUUGAUGGAGACCACAUUUCCCCUGCGCAGACAAACCAUAGUGAUGUCCUGCCCACCAGUGAAGGAGCUCUUGGACCUCGGGCCUGCUCUAAAAAUGGAGUCUGAGUUGUAUGCAGAGUUUCAGCGGAUUACAAAUCAGAACCUGCCCAAUACAUUCUACUCUGAACUUGACCGCCAUCUUCCUCGACUGAUGACCUUAUUCAGACAGAAGGCAUCAAAAACUGGGAAGACAGCAGAUGCCCUGGCUGAAAUUCUAAGAAUUCACGAUGAACUGGAAAUCCAUGAUAUCCACACCAAGCGCACUACCGUUCUCCACGCCCUUCCUGUCUAUCUGCGUGAGGAUGUCUCUGGAUUUUUCAGAACCUGCACUGACGAAUCUGAUGAGUUGGAGCUUGAUGGUGUUGAAGUGGCCCUCUUCACUGUCAUCAGUGACCAUGACACAACAAGUCCAGUUCACUACCAACCUGUGAAAAUCUCUGUCGUCAUUGAAAGUGAUGCCGUGGUCAGUCUCCCCAGAUUUGGUGAAGCCUUCCUGGUAAUGUUUGGACAGAUCUAUGCACUUCACCUCAGCUACCCCACAGCCCUGACCCACACUUUAGAAUUUACUCAAAAUAUUUCACUUGGUCUAGAAAGUGGUAAACUGUCACCCAGGUUACAGACCCUCAAGAAUGACUUGGUUAUGUAGGAAUUCAUCUGAAAGAAGGAUGCAGGGUAAAGCAUUAUAAGAGGCUAGUUCAAAGUUCUCUCCUUUUAUCUAAAUAAUGCCUCAAAACGUUAUUGCAUUACUCUACAGGUGUUCAGCCAAUAGGUCCAAACUAUACAACGUGCCUUUGUUCUCAUUAACAUAAUGCAAAGCAACACUAAUGUUUUGUAUGUUUUAAUGUUUUUCGUAAUACUAUUUCUAAAACAUUGUGGGCUGCGCAAGAUGACCUAAAUUUCACUGUUUGAUACUGGUUAACGUAAAACAAAUAGCAUUGUAAUUCACUCAAAUUGCUGCCCCAGCACAUUUUGAUAUUAUUUAUUAUUAUUUGGCAUUAUUUUUUAUUACUCUGACAGUUUUCCUGACUAAACAAUUUUUGGUCUACUUAUUUUAAUUUAUAAAUGUUUUUGUUAAUUAUUUUUAAUUUAUUUAAUUUUUUUUUUUUUUAAGAAAUGUAUUUAAUUUCAACAUAAUGUGCUAAAAGGGAGCAGGCAAGAUACUGUUCAAUGGCAGAGGUUUAUGACUUUUGCAUAUUAAGUUACCGAUACUCAGUGUAAUUGAGGCAAUCAAUUGCCUAAAAAAUUUUAAGUUUUGGGUCACAUGUUUUUAAGUAUCAAGUAGUCAACAUAUUUGACUAACGUGUACUUAAAAUAAUGACAACACAAACUAAUAAACAUUUGAGUUUUGUUAACAUA